AUGACUUCAAAUUCGGGAACGACGUCGGCUCUCGUGGUGGACUUCAUUUGCCUCUUCACCCAUGACCUAAAGCGAAAGCAAAAACGAUGGCAAGAUGGCGUCCUCAAGUACCACACUUUCAACAAACGCAUCAUGGUCUACGAUGACCGCGGCCACUUCAUCGGAGAUGCUCACUGGCAGGAAGGAGGGGACCUGGACGAGGGCGACGAGUUCGAGCUGGAUCGGGGCGCUGCCAUUGUGCAAGUCUCGGACCGCACUGGGCAGAGAGAGCAGGAUUUGACGGACCUAUUGGACAAGCGAGCAAAAGAUGUUGAAAGACGCCGUGCGAAUGCUGGUACUCGGACUCCCGGAUCAACUGCCGCCUCAACUCGUACCCCGAGAAAUGAUCAGUCUUCUCACUUUCAGCUUCGCCAUCGCCCGCUUACAGACCUUGUUGGGGGAGCCUCGAGGAUUGGGAGAGCAGUCAUCUCUCCUCACUCGCCGUACGAGGCUCGCAAAAUGGCCACCAGCCCUGGCCAGCAGCAGGAUUCGCCUUCCGAGGAUGCGCGGCCAUCAAAAAGAAGGAGGCGUCAGGAGUCACCCCCGAAUAAGUUGGGGCAUGCUCGUAGCCUUUUUGGGGCGACUUUGACACUCACGCCCUACACAUCCUCAGCGCCUUCAGUUCAAAGUCAAGCCCUCCGAGAGAGGACGAACGAAGCCUCCAAGGCUGCACAAAUCACCGCCAGGCCAAGGCCACCGGGCGCAGUCGACCGUGAUCGCAGAAGCUCCAAAUCGCCGCCCCCUCCAGACAACCUAGCGAAAGCGGACGCCAAUCCUGCCCCCCGUCAGAUAGGUCGUCGCACGCUCCCUCAACGGGCAUCCCUCAGAGAGUUGUUGGCAGGGAACGAACAAAACUUCAACCACGACCGGCCAAGACAAAAAGAGGCCAGCCACCAAGGCCACAAGGGCCCGGCUCAAGCAUCGAGGUCCCGCCCCUUACCACCGAAGGAUGCGGUGGACUCUGUUCCAGCUCCCGCGCCCGCCCAGCCCAAGAACCGCGAAAGCCAGGCUGUCGAGCCCCCAGCCAAUGAGCACAACCGGAAACAGCGUUCGAGGCAACCACCAGGGUCCCCUUCACCACCACCAAAGGAUGCAAGGGCUUCAGAGCCAGCUCAAGAUUCCGUGGAGCCAGUUACGGCCCAGGACGAAGCAUUUGAAAGCUGGCUUCAACAAAGCGAAGAGAACUCUUCACGUCACGAUGUUCUGGCGCAACCAUCGAGAUCACCAUCACCACCACCACGGGAUUCUGAAACGGAUGCGGCUUUUUCAGCCCAGAACCGCACUCACGGUGACGAUGGACCUGAAAAAGGACCCCUUCCUAACAUGGCUCUAACACGAGCCGAACGCAUAACAUCUAAACCAUCAACGAAAGAGUCAACGAACAAGGCUUCAGGUGUCCGGGGUACAAAACGAGCUUUGAGUGCAGAGACGGCUGCAGCUCCCCGCAAUCACGCGGAUGAUCUCCCUGGGCCGGCCAAAGAACCAAGAACAGAACUACGAAUCAGGUCAAGACAACGGCGAGGCCUGCUAAUGGUAUCUGAAAAGAAAGAUCGAGACCGCGUCGCGAGAACCCGCAUGCGCCCUGCAGCAGAGACGACUAUCGAAGCGCAGAGGAGACCACCAAUCGAUCCCCCUUCAGCCUCUGUCAAUGAGGAGCCUAGUGUUGCACACAGUCGUGUCAUGCACCACAAUUUGUCGGGCGACGCAGGUAGCCGGCGAAGCUCGAUGUCUUCAGAUAUAUCGCAUGCCGAUACCCCAGACCCUGACGACUUAUCGAACGGCAAUAACCACCCUGGCGUCGUGGCGCCGAGCCCGGAGGAAGAGUCACGCAUGUUGGACGAAGAUGCAGAUGAAGCAGCACACAAUAGUGAUGCUGCAUCGGUCAACAGCCCCGAGGACGACCUGUCACCGCCUCCCAUGCGGCGACGAACGAAUCCUACUCGUCGCAGCAGGCCCAAACCUGCCCAACCCGUGUCGAGUGAUGGGGAGGAAGCCAUCACAGUUGACACUCCAUCUUCACCGCAUGAUGGUAUGGCUGACGGCGAUCCCGACCCAAAACCUGACUCAAAGCCCAAGUCGGGUCCUCGAAUCACAAAGAUGGCGCGAAAAAGCAUCAAGAGCAAGGAAAUUAUUGGUUUCACGCUGCCUACAGAUGACUUCCCACCGACAGUUUUCACGACGAUGUCAAACGGGCCCUUUGGGCAAACGGAGGCUGAAAAGACUGAACAAACGGGCGAUGCGCAAGUGACACAGUUGCACAUGAACGGGGCCCAGGACCUGACACCCCAAUCAACCACCGUUAAAAGCGUGGCGCAGUCUGAAGUGCAACACAGAGUGAGCGACAAGUCACAAGGCAAACAACCACCACGCCUCAUCAAUCCAGCAACCCGAGGCAAAAAAGCAGCAAGGAAGGAAGAUGCAGCUGGGCUGCCACCCCAACCCAUGGUUCGAUUGGACCCAGCUGUACCAACCCGCAUCGUCACCGCUGCCCAGGCUCCUGCCACCAAACGGAUGCCUUCUGGAAGUAAUGCAGCCCAGCCAGCACUGCCCGGGUUCUCUAGGGCGAACGGUGGCGCGUGGAGUAGACAUGCAGAAGACUUGCUGGGCAUGACAAGACCUUCGCGAUCAACAUCCCGACGGUGA